CAUGGGGAAUUUCAAAAGCAUAAGAAGAGUAUAAAAAUUCACUAAAAAUACAAACAUUUAUUGAGCUAAGUGACGCGAAGACUCAAAGACUCAUAAAGAAAGAUAAAGUUCUUGCAGUAUUGAAGGAUAUUUUUUGCAAUUUCCUUAAAGAUUGUGAAGAAUGUCAGGAUUAUGUUCGUACAAAGAUGAAGUGACUGAAUUGAGAGAAAAAUUAAAUGUUGAUGGAAGACAAAGAAAUUCUGAGAAGUAUGUUGAGUUGCUUCAACAAGUCAUCUUUUACAUGACCAAAGGCAUUGAUAUGACUUCUUUGUUUCCAGUCAUUGUAAAGGCAGCAGCAACGAAGGAUCUUAUUCAAAAGAAAUUAUGUUAUCUCUACAUCUGCCAUUAUGCCAGAUAUCAUUCUGAUCUCGCUUUACUUGCCGUGAAUACUCUCGUUCGAGAUGCUCAAGAUACUGACUUCAUGGUGAGAGGUCUAGCGUUGAGAAGCAUUGGAUCAUUAAGUCUCGCCAGUCUCGUUGAAUACACAAAAGAUGUUGUCAUGAAAGGUCUCGAGGAUCACAGUACGUACGUCAGAAAAACUGCAGUAAUUGGUUGUUUACAGCUUUAUCAAGUAGCACCACAGGAAUUUAACGAAGAAGAACUUGUGCUGCUUUUGAAUAAGAGAUUUUUAGAAGAUAAGGAUAUGAAGGUUCGUUGUAAUGCGAUAUAUGUUUUGGAGGAAAUGUUGUCGGAGAAGUCAGCACGGUUUCAUCAAUUUAUUUUGAAAAGCUUAUCUGGUCUUGAUGAAUGGGGCCUAAUGUUCGCACUGGAUAUUUUAAAACGACAUUAUCCAGAAAAAGAAGAAGAUAUAUACAGCACAUUGAAUAGAUUGGACGUUUGCCUCAAACACGUCAACACAAGCAUAGUCCUUGCUGCUGUCCGAUUGUUUUUGCUCUAUACGUCUAAACUUCCGGUGUUGAGGAAUGACGUUUUCAAGCGCAUCAAAGUACCAUUGUUGACUGCGUUGUUGUCGAAGUCGUCAGAAAUUGCUUACUCGGUCGCCUGUCAUAUUCAAGUAAUAUUACAUCAUUGUCCACUUUUGUUUCAAGAUAAUGUAUCAUCUUUUUACUGCAAACGAAAUGAUCCUGUGUAUUUGAAAAUCAAGAAACUUGAAAUUCUUUCAAAUUUAGUCACUGAAUCUAAUGGAAAAGAAAUCUUAGAGGAACUUAGAUACCAUGCUGAACAUAACGAUACCUCCUCAUUCUCCAUUCAAAGUAUCAGCAAGAUUGCUAUCCUUCACCCCGACCUGGCCGACAAGUCUUUUGAACUUCUACUUUCACUUGUCAAGUCACGUGAUCAUCAUAUUGUAUCACGUGCUCUUGCGGCACUUAGAAAUUUUAUGGUGCCAUAUGACCUUGAGUCUCAAUUUGUGGGUAAUAUUAGUCGGUAUUUGCAGUUUGAUCUUUUACCCGAUGGAAAAGCCAGUGUUAUAUGGAUGCUGGGAGAAUAUGGCGAGAAAAUCCCCGAAGCACCUUACGUAUUAGAAACAAUGUCUGAACAGAUGGAGUUGGAAACUUCUCACGUGGUAAAGUUAGAACUUCUCACCGCUUGUAUGAAGUUAUUCUUCAAACGACCUCCUGAAUGCCAAGCUAUCUUGGCGUAUGUACUUUACUAUUGUACAGUAGAGGAAUGCAAUAUGGAUGUUCGUGAUCGCGCAUUAAUGUAUUAUCGUCUGUUGGAACUUGAUGUAAACAAGGCAAAAGAAGUGGUUUGUCCUCCUCGAAACGCUCAAAUCAAUGUUACAUCUAAUAUCUUUGAAUUAGAAUACAAGGAAACUAUGCUUGAUGAAUUUAAUACGUUGUCCGUCCUUUAUGGUGGACAUCUAAUGAAGAAAGUUCAUAGGAAAAUAGCAACACUGAGAAAGCGCGAAAUGUCCGAGGAAGACGACACAAAGAAAAAUGAAUCUGAAGCGAACACUGUGACGCCUGUUAUGGGAGACGCAAGUUUACUUCAACUUGAUGACGAUGCUAAAGUCGCAGAAAGAAUCUCUGAGGAUGUUAAUGAGAGUUCGACCUUCAAAGAAGAAAGGACUUCAAACGAAGGAAGUGUUAAAGAGAUUGUUGUCGAACACCGUGGUGAUCAAAAUCAACUUCUGCUACAAGAUCCGGAACCUUCCUUUCAGGCUUUUCUCUGCGAUCCACAACUUACCCCUCAAGUCUCGUUCCAAGAUCCCGAACCGUCCUGUCUAGUCUUACUCCGUGACCCAGAACUUUCCCCUCAACAGUUCGAAACGCUGUGGUCACAACUACCGGAAAGUGAAUCUUAUGAAAUGCAGCUUGAUGAAAUACCUGAUCAAGACGAAUUUCUUAGAAAGCUAAACGACAAUCAUAUUUUGACUAUGGCUUCUACGCCUCUCGGGGUCGAGGAAAUCAGAUAUUUCCUAUAUGCUAAGGCAGAAUGUUUCAUACUGUGUGAAGUUUGCAUGUAUUGUACAACAUUGGAAAUGAAGUGCAUUAUCAAAAUGGAAGACUCAAAAAAUGUUCAUUCAUUCAUUGAAAUAUUUCAAGAUUGCUUGGAUCUCAGAACAAAAUAAUGAAAACAACAGUGAGGUGGUAGACUGUAUCCGCGGAUGCUGCGACCAGUUCUCACACGACUGGAAAAUACAUAAUUCGGAUCCAGGUCAUCUCCACCUUUCAAUUUGCUCGCAUCCAGAUCGGUCUUAUGUUUAUCGGUCUUCUUGAAUCCACCGUGACGUAACUCGAUGACGGGAUCCAUGAGCUUGGAGAAGACUUCAUAAGUUUCCUCGUCUCCAGCAACACAGCCAACAGUCAUAAUAAACGGAUGACCUUAAGUAGAAGUUUGAUGAACAUUGGUAAUUUUUGCAGGUCAGUGCGUGUAAAAGGAUACUUGUUUACAUACCAGGAUUAUCAACUCCAGUCUGAAUGACAUCGUCCAAUGUAAAGCCGUUUGGUGUGGCUUUAUUGCGUAGCUCGGAGUAAAUGUCUUUAGUAAGAACUUUGGCCAUGUAGUUAUUGUGUUUGCUGAGGUCUGGAAAAUCAGCAUCUGCAGGAAAAUUCUUGUAGGCCGUCUUUACCUUGCUACUAGCCAUUGCUGUUGAAGAUUUUUCAAUAGGUUCGCUCCUUAAUCAAUUAGUGAAUCGGAUUGCCUUCGAGUGGCUAAUUGGUGAAUGUGAUUAUUACAUCAAUUUAUGAUUGAAACUCUUUGUCUGUCAAUUAGUGAUGUAAUUGACUAAUAGCUUGAAUUUGUGGGCUUAGAUUUGGGUUUAGAUUAAACCAUGAAAAAGAUUAUCUAUUGGAUGCCAAUCUAGGUUGUUAUUUUUUUGGAUAUUGCAGUAAAAUGUUUUUAAAAAUGAAUACUUUGAAGAUGUGUGGAAAAAAAUCAAAGAUUCAAACGUUUUAAUCUAAUAUCGAAAAAACAUGACAGACUGAAUAUUAUAUAAGUUUUCAUGAUUUUCUAAAUUUACAUUAAAAUGAAUUAUUCGUGUUGUAGACUGUUUAUAGGACAUAGUUUCAGAAAUUAAAACAACCUGUCAACGACCUGCUUUUCAAACAGAGUUUUAUUAACAGAGAAUUCCUGCUGUAACUCGAUCGAUAAAUAGAUUAAUAACGGAUUCGAUGUAAUAUACACGAGAGCUGCAAAAAGAUAAAACUAGUGAUUCAUCAAUGUUCUACUUAUUAAAUAUUUUAACUAUUGUCAUAUGCA